AUGAAGGAGAAGGAGGGUGUGUGGGAGGAGAUAGUGAGGGAGAACCAGCUGGAGCCCACAAAGUUGGAGGAGAUAGGGUGGUGGCUGCUGGAUUUGUUUUUCAGUGGAGAAGGUCUCAUAACUAGCAUGAAUAAGAGUAAAGAGCAUGGGUUUUUGGGGUUCAGAAACUCCAAGAAGUCCUUUGUUUCAUGGAUUGAUAAAAACAAGGCUUUCAAGAUUGUGCCUUGA